AUGCCACUCGGCAAGCAUUUGCGCGCGGUAGUCGCCCUGGCAGCCCUCACCAUACCGGGAAGCCUAGGGGCGACUCGGACUUUUGAUGGCUCCCGCUACCUCUGGUAUGACACACCCGGUAUGCAAUUCAACGCAAGUCUUCCAGUCGGCAAUGGCCGUUUGGGCGGAACGCUGUACUGUCUCCCCACAGAGAUUAUCACCUGGAACGAAAAUUCGGUCUGGAGCGGGACCUUCCAGGAUCGAGUGAACUCGAACGCUCGAGAUGCGUUUCCUCAAGUCCGAAAUCUUCUGCAAAAUGGGAAUAUCACGGCUGCGGGGGAAUUGGCUUUGUCGGAUAUGACAGGGUCGUCUACAGAUCCGCGCCAUUAUCAGCUUCUGUCGAAUCUGUAUGUUGAUCUUGGACAGAGGGGGGAUGCGACGAAUCUGGUUCGAUACCUUGAUACUCUUGAAGGAUACACGGCUUGCGAGUAUGAGUUUGACGACGUAGGAUAUACCCGAGAGCUCAUUGCAAGCGCACCGUCUGGUGUACUUGGUUUCCGUAUCCAGGCCAAUACUUCGCAAGCGAUCAACUUGAAUGCGUACCUAAGUCGGUCAAAGUACGUUAAGUCGAAUAAUGCCAGCGUUGUAGAUGGUGUCGCCUCCCUCGUGAUGAAAGCCAACACGGGAGAUGUCGAUUACUCUACAUUUACUGCAGGGGUGAGAGUGAUCGUGGAUGAAGGCAAUGUGACUGCCAACGGGGACAAACUUUAUGUGACAGGCGCGACGACUGUGGACUUCUUCCUCGACGCGGAGUCGUCCUAUCGGUAUGAGACAGAUAGCGACCAAGAGACGGAAUUGAAUCUGAAGCUCGAUGCUGCCACCAAGCUGGGAUACGAGGCACUUCGUAAGGAAGCAAUUGCAGAUCAUAAAAAUCUCGCGGGCCGGGUUAGUCUCGACAUGGGUUCCUCAACUGAUGAUACUGCUUCGCUACCAUCAAACGAGCGCAUGACAAACUACAGGUCAUCUCCAGACAACGACGUCGAAUUCGCAACUCUCAUGUUCAAUUACGGCAGACAUCUACUGAUCACCUCUUCUCGCAAUACCGGAGAGCGGUCGUUACCCCCUGGCUUGCAAGGGCUCUGGAACCAGGACUACAGCCCAUCCUGGGGCGCGAAAUACACGGUCAACAUCAACCUCGAGAUGAACUACUGGCCUGUAGAAACGACUAAUCUGAACGAACUGACUUCCCCAUUGUGGGAUCUUCUUGCACUUGUCCAGGAGCGCGGGGCAGACGUGGCGGAGAGGAUGUAUGGGUGCCCGGGUUUCGUGCUGCACCAUAAUACCGAUUUAUGGGGAGAUUCUGUGCCCGUUGACAAUGGAACGAAGUAUUCAAUCUGGCCAGUGGGCGGCGCUUGGUUGGCUCUUCACAUGAUGGAGCAUUAUCGGUUCACCGGUGACAAGAAAUUUCUCAAGGAACAGGCGUAUCCGAUCUUCAAGAGCGCAUUUGAGUUUUUUGAAUGCUAUCUCUUCGACUUGGAUGGAUACCUGACUAGUGGACCCUCCUGCUCACCGGAGAAUGCGUUCCAGAUUCCCUCGAAUAUGACAGUUGCUGAAAACGAUGAGGCACUGACGCUAAGUCCCGCACUGGACAACAGCAUCCUAUUCGAAUUGCUGACUGCCCUGAAUGAAACGCACCAAAUUCUCAAAAUCAAGAACGACCUGUCAGCUUCAGUCCAAACGCACUUGGGCAAGAUCAGGCCUCCAAAAAUUGGCUCAGAUGGGCAGAUCCUUGAAUGGAUUCAGGAAUUUGUCGAAAAGGAUCCCGGCCAUCGUCAUUUUUCACCUCUGUUCGGUCUAUUUCCGGGGACACAGCUCACCCCGCUUGCUUCGACUAAGCUCGCCGACGCCGCGGGCGUCUUGCUGGACCGCCGGAUGAAUCGUGGAAGCGGUAGCACGGGUUGGUCACGAGCGUGGUCUAUUUCAUUAUAUGCCCGGCUAUACCGAGGGGAUGAUGCCUGGAACAAUGUGCAAGCAUGGAUACAAACCUUCCUGUUAACCAACCUCUGGAACAGCGAUAAAGGCGGAUCGACUACCUUCCAGAUUGACGGAAACCUAGGCUACGCAGCUGCUAUCCCGGAGUUGAUGCUGCAGAGUCAUUUGAGUGUUGUUCAUCUUCUGCCCGCUCUGCCGUCUGCUGUUCCCACUGGAUCUGUUUCUGGUCUUGUUGCUCGUGGCGGCUUCGAGGUGGAUAUUGCGUGGAAGAAUGGCGUGCUUACAAAAGCGACCAUAAAGUCGCUUUUGGGCAAUAAACUAACACUUCUUGUCAAUGGUGAUACGUCAUUGUAUGUGAACGGCAAGAAGUAUACCGGGCAGGUUUCUACGGAGAAGGGGAAGAAGUAUACUAUUACUGUCUAA